AUGAGCGCACAGGAGGUCCCCAACCCCAGCCAGGAACAGGCCGACGCUGCCCUCUCCCCGGAGCCUCCUUCUCCUUCGGCAGUGAAGACGGAACCGGGCACCGCCACUGCCGCCGCCGCCAGCAACGGCAAAGUCAGCGACGGUGGCACGCCGGCCGAGAUCUGCGUCGUCAUCGGGGGCUCCCGCAAUUCCCAGACUCAAGGGUCCUAUGUCUGUGGAAUAUGUGGGAAAAAAUACAAAUACUACAAUUGCUUCCAGACGCACGUGCGGGCUCACCGAGAGUCAGAGGGAACUGUGUCUGGAGAGAGUGGAUCCCAGGGAAUAAACAAUUCUUUCCGCUAUACCUGUGAUAUCUGUGGGAAGAAGUACAAGUACUACAGUUGUUUUCAGGAGCACAGGGAUCUCCAUGCCGUCGAUGAUCCCUUUGAGCAUGUUAUACAAGUGGAGGACCAGAAAGAGGAGAUCGAACCGUACCAGAAAAUAGGACCAAAAACUGGGAGCUACACGUGUGAAUACUGUGGCAAACAGUACAAAUACUUCAACCCUUACCAGGAACAUGUGGCUCUACACACACCAAUGAAAAGCUCCUUUGGUCCAAAAAUGGAGAGCAAAAUUCAGACGGGCCUUGCAGAUGCCAACAACUCUCAAAACUCAAGUGGUACUACUAGUCCGCGGGUGCCUGGAUCCUUUCCUUCAUCUCAAAAGGCCUACACGUGUGGAGCCUGUGGUAUCCAGUUCCAGUUCUACAACAACCUUCUGGAGCACAUGCAGUCCCACGCUGCGGAUAAUGAGAAUCACGGCAAAGUGGAGUCUCCCAAGCCAUGCCAAGCUCCUUCCACACAGGACCAGGUGUGGAAGUCGCCUCAGGCUGCACAGAGGAACCACACAUCCUACCAGAAUAGAUUACUGCCAGAGAAGGAGCGGCAGCAGGUAGCAGAGCGUCUGUUGCGGCUCAUGUGCACAGACCUGGGUCUACUGAGUGUGCUCAGUAGCAAGGACUUCCUCAAGCUGGCCCAGACCUUGGUCGAUACAGGGGCGCGACAUGGCGCUUACUCCAUCCGUGACGCCCUUGGAGAUAUGACUUCCCUCGCCCUUAAACAGCUCCCCCGCAUGUAUAACCAAGUCAAGGUUAAGGUCACCUGCGCUCUGGGCUCUAACUCCUCACUGGGUAUUGCCGUUACCUGCCACUCACAGAUGGCUGGACCCGACUCCUUCUACGUGCUGACAGCUUAUCAAGUGGAAGGUGUUCGCGUCCGACGUUACGUCCUGGGUUUCCGGGAAGCAUCGUUAAGGGAGGGCCCAGAGCAGGUUCAUCACUGGGUUCAGAAUGUCCUCUCAGAGUUUGUCAUGUCGGAGAUCCGUACGGUGUAUGUGACGGAGCCGCGUAUAUCUCCAUCCUUGGCUUUUUGCGCCCGUUCAGGCCUGUGCUUGCGUUGUGCUGGCUGCUCUCUGGCCGCCACCGUGCAGGCGGUCCUGGGUCGUCGUAGCCUGCAGUCCCGUGGACUUCACGAGCUGGGCGAGCUGCUUGCCACGUGUCGUGACAUCGCUGGAACGACAAGCCUGGGUCGGGGGGGGGACAAAACAGGGGAAGACGCACCGACACCUCUGUGCUGGGACACAACAGCGGAAGCGUUGCUGAGGGUCCAUGAGAACUUUGAAGCCAUCUGUGAAGCUUACGGGCGGAGCAAGAGCACGGCUCCUCUGCUACAGGGUCUCAACAAGCACUUACUGGGCACAUUGGCUUGCCUACUGGCACCGCUAAGGCAAGCAGCCCAGGAGUUAGGCGCCGACCGCUGGCCAACGCUGCAGCACGUCUUACCCGUCUAUCUUCGUCUCGAGAAACUCUUUACUUCCAAAGCCGGCGAGGCUGGAGCUGGGAGCAAGCUAUGUCACUACUUCCUGGAGGCUCUGAAGGAGAACUUCAAAGUGGAGCGCGUUCACCAAGUAGCCAUGAUCCUGGACCCGCAGCUCAAGCUCCGACCUGUGCCAGCAUACCAGCACGAAGAGAUCAUUGCUCGUGCCUGCGAGAUGGCCGCCAGCAUGAAAGAGCCAGGCGGUUGUGGGCAGGGGGGUGGGUCUGGUGGAGAUGACAGAGAUCGGGAUGGAGAUGGACCACUGGGUGCCAAGAGAGUGCGUCUAGACGGAGCCGCUGACAGGCCGUCUUGCGGAUUGGAGGAGCCGCAGGUGCGAAAGGAGCUGUUCCAGUACCUCGGGGAACCUCUGUUCCAUGCCUCGGCCGACUUGUUCCAGUACUGGAGCUCGGUGAUGGACAAAUACCCAAAGCUGGCACGCCUGGCUCUGUGGUUGCUGGCAGUGCCAGCCGUGGGUGUUCAUAGUGAGUGCACAAGCAUCUGUGAGCAGUCCCUGGCCAUGAGGAGAAAGAGACAGGUCACUGCGGAGGAAAUGAACAAACUGGUCUUCCUCAAGUCUAAUAUGGCGUAAGGGGAAACCACACUUCUUUUAAAGGCUGUCAGCAUAGAUUAUUCCAUAUGGAUCUGAAAUACAGUGGUUCAGACACACUGGCCACUGGUGUAGGAUCAGCUCUCGGCCUUUUAACUUGAACUCUGAAUGGUGAUUUUUGGAGUCAGGACACCUGAUCCUAAAUCAGUAUUUACUGAUGAGGCGGAGCAACUGUGAAGUGGUAUUUUCAUUGGAUGUGUCCAGGACACAUCUUUGACGG